GAAAUAAAUUCAGGUUAAUUGCAACGUGUAGGUUAUGAUCAAGGUCUUCAUGUCCUUUUUUUACUUGAAAAGCAAAAUUAUGUUGGUCCUACUACAGUUCUUCCAUGUAUAUUUUGAUAUCCUUUGAGUUUGAUAUGGAAACUGACCCGGUCACACAAGGUGAAUUUCCAAGUUAUAUUUCACUCGUCGUUUAACAAAUAAGGUUUUUUAAGAUAAUUUUAAGUAAAAUACCGGACUAUUUUUUUGUUUAAAUUGGUACCAUUGAUGAAUCUUAGUUUAUUAGUUUUUGUUUCAUAGUAUAAUACCUUUCGAAAGUUUUGUUUUAAGUGUCUCGCUUUUUAUUCAGUGUGUCUCUUUGAUUAAACUAGUUAACGUAGAUUUCACUCAAAACUAAGAACUACUCUUUGAAAGCGUGUUUGUGAAUAACCUAAAAUUCAACUGGUUGACAAGUGGUUUACCAUCACCGUAUUGAUUGUUUUAUCCUUGAUAAUGACAGGAUUUUAUGAAUUGAAUCGAAGUUCGGGCAGUGGUUUUAGCGAAUCUAUAUUGUGUGCACUGUGCUUUGAUGUUUGGACAUGAUUUUGUUCUGGGUGAAAUUAGAUAUCAAAGCAUACCUUCAGUCUUAAGAAAACUGAUGUUUCAUGUCAGACUGGAAGUCAGUUCACCAAAUAUUGCAAUCUAUGACGUUAUAAUUUGAAAAGAAAUAAAACCGGUAUGCGAAAAAUGCUGUAGUUUUAAGUUCAAGUACCAAAAGAAAAUAAAGAAUAAACUCACGGGCACCGUUUCCAGUCAUUAUCAGUCGUGUUACCCAUGACCUUAAACUGCACACUGUGGGUGCGUCGUGGACCUCACAUAAAAAAUCUGAACUUCAUAAAAUUAUUGAAACUUGUUUGAAGUCAGAUUUAAAGGCAUCGCAAAUCCGGAAUUUGAGCACUUGCCCACGGAUAUCACGAUAAAGUGAGCAGAAAAAUACUGAUAGCAAAAACACUAUAAAAUGUGUACAAAACGAAGGAAAUUUGACGGUACAGAAUGUGAUGGUGAAUGUUCCUGAGUGACUAGAACCUGACGAUUGCGGAUAAAAUGAAAGAUUUUUUUGCAGAUGAUGCCGAAAAAAGAAAAUUGUUGAGUAUUGCGGUUGAUUAUCUGUAGAAAGCACAUUACCGUAACUGUUUUUUAAUGCAGUCAGUAAUACAAAUAGGCUUUGGCUACUAGUAUUCUUCAACCUUGAUUGCUCGGUUAUUUAGCGACGUUAUUGAGUAAUGUAGCAAGUGUUUCAAUGAAGGUUCACAACGUUGAUCGCUUAGUCAUCUAUUGAACACAUCGCUUCGACUUUCAUGAAAUUAUAUCAGUGUAAAUAAAAAUGUUUUAAAAUAGUUUUUAGCUUUUUUGUGCCUUAUCAGUAAUAUAAAACAAGUGUUUUAGAACUGUGCGGCCAUUACCAAAAAAUUUAAGAACGAGAGAUGCUGAUAAUGUUUUUGCUGCAUUCACCGAGUAGCCCUCAGAGCCGUAAGGGAUAUAGUUGAGUGAAAUGGCUUUGUGAAUGGUCCGUUUUAUCAUUAUUAUUAUUAAUAUUAUCGCUGUAUUUAUCCACUAGAGCAAUUUAAAAAAUCUGGUGAUAAUUAUAGCUUUUCAAACAAUUUUUUAAAAACCUUUUUGAUUCUGAACAACAAAAUCUGCUUUGUUUGUGACAUCUUCAGAGCUUCACCUAAUUUUUUAUGGGGUGGACGAUUUAAAUAGUUCAAAAGGCAAACUUUUAUGAGAUCAUAAAGAUAUAAAAUUAAAAAAAUACAUUAGGUUAUUGAAAACUAUAGACAUAAGUUCAAAUUUCUACACUAGUAAAAUUAAUGGUCAUAUGCAGUUGUUCUUGUGGGUCUAUUCUUUUGUACUGAGCGUCAAAAUUUUCAGUCUUACGUUACCAUGCUAGGGCAAACACAGAAAGGAUUGGAAGUUUUGUCUUCUUUACAAGUUCUAUGGUAGUACUUACCAAUAUAUUUCAGUCAAGUUGUACUGUCGUCUGCCCAUUUCGAUCAUGUGAGACAUAAACAUUUUGAUUGUGACUUUGAAUAAAUUUAAAAUAAAUAUUGUGACCAUUUUGCUGUUUUAUUUUAACGACAGAAUUUAGUCGCGUAAUCCCUUGUUUUUCUUGCAGCUAUUACUUGCUAUUUCACCCCCCUACUUUAUGUGGUUAGAUUAUUCAUAUAAGUAUGCACAAAUCUCAGAUACAGUGUUCCAUGUUUUUUAUGUCUCGUCUAUUUGGACUUCUGUCUCUUGUUGAAUUUAGGCAUUUAGUUGUUGAAAAAAAGCGAAUUCCAGCCAAGAACUUCUACUCUGAAUAUGACUGGUAACCAAGAACAUCAUGAAGAUGAACGGCCAAAACAAGAUAAUAACUCAAUACUGUCCUCGAAUAAUAAUGAAACAACCUCAAAACACUCUGAAUUCUAUAAGAAACUGCCGUUACUUUUAUUCAUUAUGGCCUAUAUAUCAUUUUGUUGUCUUGGUGCACUUUGUUUAACCCUACUAGAACGACCGACAGAAAGACUAGAAAGAUUGCGCUUACACGCUUCACAAAUCAAUUUUUUGAGGACUAAUCCAUGUGUAUCAAGUGAAGAACUUCAGAAGUUUGUUAGUUAUAUUGUAUCAGCCACAAAAAUGGGUAUAUCAAUGACACCAAUUAAAAAUAUUAGCAAAUAUGACUUACUGAGCAUUCCUAAAAAUUGGCACGAAAAUUUUUAUUUGGAAAUGAAUGCUGAAGUAAAUGCUCAACUGGAAUCAAUCGCUAGACGUAUUCUAACUGAAGAAGAAAUAAAUAACAGCAGUUGGAACUUUUAUGAAUCAGUAUUUUUUGUGAUAACAGUUAUUACAACUAUAGGUUAUGGAACAAUCAGUCCAGUUACUAUAUACGGCAAAGCUUUUUGUAUAUUUCUGGUUGCUGUUGGAAUUCCAAUGAAUGUGAUCCUGGUUUCCGUACUAGCUUCUUUGUGCAUGCCCAUUAUUCGCAAGUCACGAAAUGCCCUAGUUGAUUUUUAUUCUUAUUCAAGCGAUCAUGAUACAUAUCAUAACAAGCAUAAUAAAAAUUGGAAACAUUCAAAUUUUAAUUCUUUAAGCGGACAUAGGAAAAGUAUGGAAGAUAUAAAACCAUGCCUAAAUAAGGAAAAUAAACAUAGAGUUUCAAAAUUGUUUUUCAAGCUUAAAUCUCUUUUCCGACGACAAGUUAAUGCUCCAGACGGACGAAGUGAAUCGAGUGUGCUUCAUAGAUCGUUAUCCGACAGUCGUUUAUCGAAUAACAUCGUGAAAAAAAAUCCUCCACCAACAGUAUGCAAUAUCACUGAGCCAAAGAAUGUCGUCGAAGAUGACGGAUUAUCAAAUAAAACUGCCUCAGUAACUUCCUUAUCAACAUCUUUAUCAACAAACAAGACUCAAUCUCAAAGUUCUCUGGCAAUAAAAACUGAAAAUUAUCCAAAAGAUUUUAAUAAUGAUGAAAACGAUCAUGAAAUCUCAAAACAUGAGCAAUCAAAUAAACCAAUAUUAUCUAUUAUGAAACAUCAUGAACUUCAUAUAAAUAAUGACAUAUCAAUGAAUCCCAGUUUAGCUUCGGUAAAAAUUAACAGGCCGAAAACGAUACCUGGUCAAACUAAUGUACCGAAAAAAUUAACACAUAAAGUUUCUUUAAGUUUUGCAGCAAAUAACCAACCAGAUGCAACUGACAACAGAAUAAAUCAGCUGGAUACAACUCAAUCAUCUCCUAGUCAAUUCAGUGGACACACUGAAAAAGAAACUUAUGUAAAAAACGUUGAUAAACCAGCUCGACAUUCAUUGAGUGAAAUAUUUAGAGAAGUAACACAAAAUACAUGUAAUCUUAAUGAUUGCUUUUCUACAGAAACUUCACUAGCUGAUCGUGCUCAUAUUUCUUGCAUAGCAUUUCUACAUUACUUGUUAUCUAGAAGUGAUUUGGCUUUAACUACACAAGUUAAACUUUCACAAUUUCGAUAUGUGAAUGUACAUCAUGGUAUAUUUCGUUUACGAUUAUUACAUUUCUUCAUUGUAUUUUGUGUAGUAAUUACAUGCUCAGUACUUAUACCUGGGAUUAUAUUUACAUAUUUAGAACAGAAUUGGACAUAUUUUGAUGCAAUUUACUUUUGUAUCAUAUCACUUAGUGCAGUUGGUUUUGGUGAUAUGGUUGCAAGUGAAAGUAAAGACAGCAGUGCAUCAUCAUUAGUAACGAUAUUAUAUGUGAAGAAUAUUUACAGAGUAAUGACUGCAAUUUAUUUAGUGUUGGGAACCACAUUAAUUGCCGUUCUAGUGAGAAGUUUCCAAGAGAUUAUUGACUAUGAAUUUUCAAAUGUAACAGGAGGAUACUUCGACGAAAAAUUUAGUGAACACAAGGCACAUAAUUCAUGUUUAGAAUUACUUUUUGACGAUACUACACCUUCACAAAAUUGUAGAAAUCAAUUAAAUCAUAGAGAUAUGGGUUGAGAAGGUAUUCUGUAUUCCGAUUACAAAUAAUAUACAGUUACCUUACAUUUUCAUGAUGUAUAUGACACCAUACUUCUUUCUAGGUAAUUUAAACUAAACAACUGUUAUUUUUUAAUCCACACACUUUUUCAUAAUCCUCCGGCAGUAUACCUAUUAAAUGGAAUCCAAUAAACCGAUCAAAUAAUGUAUAUUAUCACCUAUAAUUUUACCACCCAUAUGACACUAAAUAUAUCACAUUAUUGCUGCCGUCAUCAUUUUAACACUCGUUUUUAUUUGCUACAAAAAUGAAAGAUUCGGCAUUUUCUUUAUAAAUUCGUCGUAAUCACUAAACUGAAGUAUUGUUCUGUGGCUUGAUAAUGCCCUUAACCUCUAACUAUUUUUUAGUCAAUCAUUCAUUUUGCAUGUUGUUGGGCCAUCUAUUAUAAAUGUUCACAAAAUUAUUGAAAUGUUAUCUACUAAAAAAGCUAAUUUAUCACAACGAAAUUUGAAAGCUCAAAUGUGAACAUGAAUUACAAUAAUUGCUUUAUUCAAUAUUAAAUGUUUAGUACGGUAAAGUAUAUUGGAGAUAAAGUACUUCAAAAUGUAAAUUUUAAUGUAAACUGACACUGCAGAAAAUAUGUACAUAAGCAAGUAAUAAAUAAUAAAAUGUACAGUUACAAAUAACAUACAUUUAUUUUCAAACACUAAUUAUUUGAGAUAAUGCAAUUGCUACACUUUUUCCUCACAGAUGGAGGAAUUUUAAAAAUUUCUGUAUUUUUCUCGCGCAUAUGAUUCUCAUGUCUUUGUAUCUUGUUUUUCUAGUCAUUAGACGAUGAAAAGGUUGUAAGGCCAGCGUAUAUAUUGUUUUUGAUAAAAGAUACUUGUUUGUUGUCCGC